UACCAGUAUGAAGAAAGCCGGGGGUAAGCAGAAGAAGCCACAGACAGUUGGAGAUAAAGCGGAAGUGUUGGAGAAAGACGCCAUGGCUCUGAAAGAUUCUCAGACGUCGGCGGAGGGGAAAGCGGAAGAGGAAGUGGGCGGUGGCGACCCGGAAGUGGAGAAGCUUCCUGAGGGUCAGGAGGGAGAGGCGGAGGAGGAAGGGGAAGAGGAGGUUACUGUUCCGGUCACAGCCGCAAGCCAAGUGUGGAUAAAAACGAGGCAGUAUGUGGGGACUCCCCGUCGGCAGGACUUUCUGCUCAAGUCUGAGGAACUGCGGUGUAUAGAGGACGGAGAAAUUCUCGUGAAGGCUUUGUGUUGGACAGUGGAGCACUAUAUGAGACUCACAGCCUACUUCGGCCUACUGGACAUCUGCCAGGCCAUGAACGGUGACGUAGUACUGGUCAACGCGGCUGCAGGCUGUGUGGGCAGCCUGGUGGGUCAGUUGGCCAAGCUACAGAACUGCUCUGUGAUUGGCUUUGCUGGUUCCAAGGCCCGCUGUGAUUGGAUGAGGGAGCUGGGCUUUGAUCACGUGUUCAACUACAACGCGGUGAAUCCCGGAGCUGCCGUGCGCAGGGCUGCACCAAAUGGCGUCGACUGUUACUUCGACAACGUGGGCGCAGGGUUCACGGAAGAUGUCCUGGGCUGUGUGAAGCCAAUGGGCCGGGUCUGUGUGUGUGGUGACGUGGCGACUUAUCGUCAACAGCUUCCUGAAGAGUACAAGCCAGACCCGUACCGUCUGGUGUCGCUGAUCAAGAGACGGGUGUCUACACAUACUGUCUUUGACUUCGCUCACAGGUUCGCAGAGGCUGAGGCUAGACUUCUGGACUGGGUACACCAGGGCAAGCUGAGGUACCAGCACACCGAGUACAGCGGCUUCCGCCAACUCCCAGAAGCCCUUGCGGCGCUCUACGACGGCGAGAAGGCGGGAAAACUUGUCGUCACGUCUGAUGAUGACCAGCCGCCUCUUCUGAAAGCUGAUGACGUCAUAGAGUGAAGGGAGAACGCAUCAUCGUCGUCAUCAUUGCCUUUCUCAAUCUCAUCCUGGAUCAGGAUAUAUAUACGAAUAAACAUUUUCCAUCUUUCCCUA